UUCAGUUGGAGCGUUCCAAGUCUUGCAACUUUGAUCGGAGUUUUAUAUUCUGUUUCUUUGAACUUCUGUUCGACCAAGAUUUCGUUUUUUUCGCCUACUCUUUGCUUGUAAAGUUUCAUGCUUUGUUCUUCCUCAUAGUAUUAAUUACCCUAAUUUAUCUAUUUUUGCUCGUUCACCGAACCAACUGGCAAACCUCUGUAUUAUUAUUUAAUGUUUGGUUAAAAAAUUAGGGCAUAGAUCUUAUUAGAGGCUAGUGGGUUUGCUUUGUUUGCUGUUUUUCAUUGGUCAAACUCAUCUCUGGUGCCUUUUUCUCGAAGCCAGUCCUCAAGUUCGUAUAAAUCUUUUUUUCAGCCGUAGGGUUUGCGGAUUAAUCUUCUGCUCCUUCAGGUUUCGUCUCUGUGGGCGCUUCUUGAAUUCGUCUUGUCUUUCACUUCUCUGAGCUGAACGUGUUGUUGAGUUUGAGCAUCAGAUCAAAUCCAGGCUCAGUUGUUUUCCAUUCAAGGUUUCCUCAUUUUUGUCUGAAGUGAACCAGCCAUGUCCUUAGUUGGAUCAGCAGCAGCUCUGUUAGGAAAUCGGGAGGUUUUCACGAGGAAGGAUGGCAACGACAGCUCGGGGCUGGCGACAUCCAUUUUUAGAUCAGACAGCCGCGGGAGCAUUUACACAAGCGAGUUAUACGGCAGUGAAAGUUAUGAUCUGAACUAUUUUUUCGACUCCCCCUCAGAUGAAGGCGCGCACGAGUCUUUGUACCAUGUUAUAGACACUGAAAACUCAUUGAAUUCCUCGAGACACGAUGCUCGUCAAUUCAAUUAUGGGUUAGAGUACUUGAACAGCCAAAGUCAAGACUCUAUGAGUUAUGACGAAGAUAGAGUGAAGGUAAAGCUCCGGGAACUUGAAAAGGUACUCCUUGACGACAAUGGAGUCGAUGAUAGCAGCGACCAGAGCAUGGAAAUCGACGGAGAAUGGUCUGACGCCACGUGUUAUGCUUUGCUGAAUGAUUCGCCGAAGGGAUCUUCGUCCUCGGAUUCGAACAUUAGUACUAUAAGCAGCAACAAGGAGGUAUCGUUCACGGCGUUAACUCCCAAGGACUUGCUUUACAAAUGUGCUGUUACUAUUCACAACGGAAAUCUCGACGCAGCUUCCGAGAUGAUAAACGAGCUCCGGCAGAGGGUCUCGAUCCAGGGAGAACCGUCGGAAAGAAUUGCAGCGUAUAUGGUGGAAGCACUUGCAGCCCGAAUCGCGACCUCCGGAAGAGGUCUUUACAAAGCAUUGAAAUGCAAAGAGCCACCAUCGAUGGACCGGCUGUCCGCAAUGCAGGUUCUGUUCGAAGUGUGUCCCUGCUUUAGGUUCGGGUUCAUGGCAGCUAACGGGGCGAUAUUGGAGGCGUGCAAAGAUGAAACGACGGUUCAUAUCAUAGACUUCGACAUCAACCAAGGAAGUCAGUAUUAUACGCUGCUGCAAUCGUUGGCGAGAAUUCAGGGCAAGCGACCUAAUGUGAGAUUAACCGGUGUAGAUGACCCGGAAACAGUACAGCGCUCCGUCGGAGGUUUGAAAAAGAUCGGACAGAUGCUCGAGCUCCACGCCAAAGAUCUACACCUCUCGUUUGAGUUCCACGCCGUUCCUGCCGAAACUGCCGUUGUUUCUCCAUCGUUGCUCGGCUGCCAACCGGGGGAAGCUGUGGUAGUCAACUUCGCGUUCCAGCUCCACCACAUGCCCGACGAGAGCGUAACUACUGUAAACCUCCGGGACCAGCUUCUCAGGAUGGUUAAAAGUUUGAAACCGAAGCUCGUCACUGUUGUCGAGCAGGACAUGAACACGAACACUACCCCUUUCCUGCCGAGAUUCGCUGAAGCCUACAGUUACUACUCUGCCGUGUUCGAAUCCUUGGACGCGACUCUGGCAAGAGACAGUCAGGACCGAAUGAACGUGGAGAAACAGUGCCUGGCGCGGGACAUCAUAAACGUCGUCGCUUGCGAGGGAGAGGAGAGGAUCGAACGCUACGAAGUUUCCGGGAAAUGGCGCGCGAGGAUGACGAUGGCCGGCUUCACGCCGUGCCCCGUCAGUCGGAACGUGAGGAGUGAAAUCCAGAAGCUUAUCAAACAGUACUCUGAUCGCUACAAGGUUAAAGAUGAAAUCGGUGCCCUCCAUUUUGGAUGGGAAGACAAAAUCUUGAUCGUUAGUUCUGCGUGGAGAUUUCAUGAGGCCUGUGAAAGUUUGUCUAUUGAUUCUUGCAGGGUAAAAAAGAGAGGCAUGAAACUGGUUGGCUUGCUACUUCUAUUCAGUUGCAGUGUGAUGAAUCCAUAUUGUUUGGCUGGACUCCUGCGCCCAGUACCCUUCUACUUUGAAAUUUCGGCAGAUUGUUCCGGACUCUGCAGACUCUUCCUUGCUACUUGUCUCUUCCUUGUUGUAGCCCUGGAUCAUGUUAGGAUUGAAGGAAGUAUCCAAGGCCAACCGGAGUUGUCUGAAAUUUCUUGCUGUCAAGAUGGGCUCCAACCUUGUAAAAGUAGUUUGUGGUUCAAGAAGCACUCGCAGGCUUGGCUAACAUAUUGUGUCUUGUUAGAAGGAACUUCACCAGCUCCAACACUGAGAUUCUCAUCAAUGCUCUCUCACUUUCGAUUUGUGAUCUUUGUGCCUGCUUUGACUGCAUUUUUUUUCUCCCUUAUAUAACCAUUUUUGUUAUGAUACAUAUUUAUAUACAAUGUUAGAAAUUCAGAAUGAUGUAAUUAGGAUCCUUUUUUAACAAUUUUCUCUUUCUUGAGGUAAGGGGUCAAGUGUGAG